CAGAGAAUAAUAUUUAACAUAAAUUGUAAAUUGAUUUAAUAAAAUGGCAUUUCUAUGUCCAGUGCGCAUGAGACGCGACAAAAAGAAAGCCACAAAUGCCAACAUUGAACGUGAUUUACCUUUACCUGGUGGUGUGGGUUUAGGCCGUAUUACCGGUUCCUCCAGCAUAGAAACUCUGGUUCGUGUGGGCAUUGAAAAGGAGCAUGGCUUAAGUCCCGACUCUAAAAUGGUGGUUUUGCACGAUUUCACACCCUGUGUUGACGAUGAACUCGAAGUUAAACGUGGCCAAAUUGUCAAUAUUCUAUACCGUGAAAAUGAUUGGGUGUAUGUAAUAGGUGAAGACUCGCGUCAGGAGGGUUUCAUACCCUAUUCCUAUUGUGCACCCUACAAUACACAACUGGCCGAUAUGGCUAUAAAAAAGAAAUUACCACGCGGCACUGCUGCCCCCGACGAGCACAAUGAAAAUAUACCCUUACUGCCGGGCAGUGAUCAAACUAAAUUAGAUUUAAUCGAAGAAGUUAACAAUGCCCAGGUGGCUUUAAAAAAUGCCGUAGCCGAGCUGGCCUCCCCCGUUGUAAUCAUAGAACCCGAAUGUACUCCCUUUCACAAGGAACCCAAUGGCCGCUAUAUAGUGCUCUAUACUUUUAUAGCACGUGAUGAGAAUGAUUUGUCCGUGGAGCGGGGAGAAUUUGUUACGCUAUUGAAUCGUGAUGACAGCGAUUGGUUUUGGAUAGUGCGCAGUGAUGGUCAGGAGGGUUUUGUGCCCUCUGCUUUUAUUUAUCCGGCCGAUAGUGUCUUGCAGACACAGCAGAAACUUUUGGAGAGUAACUUAAAUAAAACGAAUACACAAUUAUCGUCCGAUAUGAUAACAGGUUCGGGACCUACACAGGGUAAUCUGAAUUCGUUGAGCCAGCCGGUGGCAAUUGGUAAUAAUGGUUUGGAAAACUCUCUGCAGCAACAGCAGCAGCAACAAAACUCUCAAAAUUCAGCUCAAAUACCGGCAGACGAUUUGAGAUAUGGCACGGAGUUGGUGAUGUUAUAUGAUUAUAAGGCACAAGCACCUGAUGAUUUAAGUGUUAGACGAGGUGAUUGGAUUUAUGCCGAUUUAAACAAUCAAACCGUUGACGGUUGGCUGUGGGCCUAUGCCCCCAAAACACGCAAAUAUGGUUUUAUACCAAAGGCCUAUGCCCGGCCACCAGCCAUGACAAGUUUAUAAAGACAAAAAAUAAGAAUUUUAAUUUUUUUACACAUACAAUUAUUUUAAUUGCAUUUAUUAUUAUUAUUUGUAUUGCUCUAUAUAAUAUUUUAUUGUUUUUUAUAUUUGUUUUAAACUACAUACUAAUGCUAAACUAUUGAGAGUACAAUAUUUAAAGUUCUUUUUUUAAGACAACUCAUGAAUAUGUACGAUUUAGGUAUAAGGUCACUUUAAUUUAACUAUUUUACAAAUUACAUUUAGUAUCUAUGUUAUAUAUUUAGUACUUUAGUAUGUUAAUUAUUGUUUGGACACACAAAAAGGGCAAAAAAAGUAUUAAGAUAACUAAAAUAUGCUGAAAAAAAUUAUUGAUGAACUUACAAACAAUACUAUUUAAUUACUUUUGAUUAUAUUUUACAUAAAAAAUAUAUAUAUUUACUUAUAACUUAAAUCAAAUAAACUAAAAAACUAUUACAAAA